CAAAAUGGCGGAGUGCGGAGCGAGCGGCAGCGGGAGCAGCGGGGACAGCCUGGACAAGAGCAUCACGCUGCCCCCCGACGAGAUCUUCCGCAACCUGGAGAAUGCCAAGCGCUUCGCCAUUGACAUAGGGGGGUCGCUCACCAAGCUCGCCUACUACUCCACCGUGCAGCACAAGGUCGCCAGAGUGCGCUCCUUCGAGUACUCGGGCAGGGACGCAGAGCAGGAGCACGAGCCGCCCUACGAGAUCUCAGUCCAGGAGGAGGUCACUGCCCGGCUGCACUUUGUCAAAUUCGAGAACACCUACAUAGAAGCUUGCCUGGAUUUCAUCAAAGAUCACCUCGUCAACACCGAGACCAAGGUCAUCCAGGCGACCGGGGGCGGGGCGUACAAAUUCAAGGACCUCAUUGAAGAGAAACUGCGGCUGAAAGUGGACAGGGAGGACGUGAUGACUUGCUUGAUAAAGGGCUGCAACUUCGUGCUGAAGAACAUCCCGCACGAGGCCUUCGUGUAACAGAAAGACUCCGAGCCUGAGUUUCGAUUCCAGACCAACCACCCCAACAUUUUCCCGUACCUCCUGGUCAACAUCGGCUCUGGGGUGUCCAUCGUGAAGGUGGAGACGGAGGACCGGUUCGAGUGGGUUGGCGGCAGCUCCAUCGGAGGUGGCACCUUCUGGGGACUCGGCGCUCUGCUCACCAAAACCAAGAAGUUUGACGAGCUGCUGCAUCUGGCCUCCAAGGGCCAGCACGCGAACGUGGACAUGCUGGUGCAGGACGUUUACGGCGGGGCCCACCAGACCCUGGGGCUGAGCGGCAACCUCAUCGCCAGCAGCUUCGGGAAGUCGGCCACUGCUGACAAAGAGUUCUCCAAGGAGGACAUGGCCAAGAGCCUGCUGCACAUGAUCAGCAACGACAUCGGGCAGCUCGCCUGCCUGCAUGCAAAGCUGCACUGCCUGGACAGGGUGUACUUCGGUGGCUUCUUCAUCCGGGGCCACCCCGCCACCAUGCGCACCAUCACCUACAGCAUCAACUUCUUCUCCAAGGGGGAGGUCCAGGCGCUGUUCCUGAGACAUGAGGGCUACCUGGGUGCCAUCGGAGCAUUUCUCAAAGGAGCAGAGCAAGACAACCCUAACCAGUACAGCUGGGGAGAAAACUACGCGGGCAGCUCCGGCCUGAUGAGCUCAUCCCCAGAGCUGUGCCCCACACAGCGGGCGAGGAGUGGCACCUUUGACCUCCUGGAGAUGGACCGGCUGGAGAGGCCGCUGGUCAACCUGCCGCUCCUUCUGGACCCGUCUUCCUACGUGCCCGACACGGUCGACCUCACGGACGACGCCCUGGCCCGCAAGUACUGGCUCACCUGCUUCGAGGAGGCCCUGGACGGGGUGGUGAAGCGCGCCGUGGCCAGCCAGCCGGGCUCCGUGGACGCGGCUGAGCGGGCAGAGAAGUUCCGGCAGAAGUACUGGCGCAAGCUGCAGACGCUGCGACACCAGCCGUUUGCUUAUGGGACGCUGACCGUGCGCAGCCUUCUGGACACAAGGGAGCACUGUUUGAACGAGUUCAACUUCCCAGACCCCUACUCCAAAGUCAAGCAGAAGGAAAAUGGGGUCGCGCUGAAGUGUUUCCCGAGGGUGGUCCGCUGCCUGGACGCCCUGGGCUGGGAGGAGCGGCAGCUGGCCCUGGUGAAAGGGCUGCUGGCGGGAAACGUCUUCGACUGGGGAGCCAAAGCUGUGUCUGAUGUCCUUGAGUCUGACCCCCAGUUUGGCUUCGAGGAGGCGAAGAUGAAGCUACAAGAGCGGCCGUGGCUCGUGGACUCCUACAGCAAGUGGCUUCAGAGACUGAAGGGGCCCCCUCACAAAUGUGCCUUAAUUUUCGCAGAUAACAGUGGAAUAGACGUCAUUUUGGGAGUCUUCCCCUUUGUCAGGGAGCUUCUCUCUAGAGGGACGGAGGUCAUCCUGGCGUGCAACUCGGGACCCGCCCUGAAUGACGUGACGUACUGCGAGUCCCUCAUUGUGGCGGAGCGCAUCGCGGCCAUGGACCCUGUCGUCCACUCGGCGCUCAAAGAGGAGAGGCUGCUGUUGAUGCAGACCGGCUCCAGCUCCCCGUGUCUGGACCUCAGCCGCCUGGACAAGGGGCUGGCCGUGCUGGUUCGGGAGCGAGGCGCAGACCUGGUGGUGAUCGAGGGCAUGGGCCGCGCCGUGCACACCAACUACUACGCGGCCCUGCGCUGCGAGAGCCUCAAGCUGGCCGUCAUCAAGAACUCGUGGCUGGCCGAGCGGCUGGGCGGCCGGCUGUUCAGCGUCAUCUUCAAGUACGAGGUCCCGGCCGAGUGAGGCGCCCGCCCCGCCGGACUGUGCUCCACGGGAAUGUGCUUCGACCACAGCAGGGAAACCAAGUUCAAAUCAGAGUAUUUAUGUGGCGCACCUGUGACUGAGGGCCGGGUGCGCCCGGGGAGAGCGUGGCGCGCGUGGCGUCCGGGUCUCUGGUGCUGCCGAGUUCGCGGGGGAGGCGCAGCUUUGUCCGGUGAGACGUUCGUAUUGGAAUAUAUUUAACUGUUAAAUAAUCUUU